GGACUCAGCCUUGUUGGAAAACUUGAGCUUCGUCAACAUUACCAUCCACCAUCCACCAUCCACCAUCCACCAUUCGAUCAUUCUAUCAUUUGAUAGAAUAUCUGAUAAUUAUUCAUUUAAUUAUCAGCAAAGAAGACAACACUUUCUUUGUAUUGUCUUCUUUAAUCCAACCAACGAAAAUACUAUUACAUCCUAGUGAUCGCAUUAACUUCCACUAAAGAGAGGUGCUUUUCAAACGAACCGACAACAUGGCGGCUCCUAAGUUGACCAAGAACCAGAAGCGCCGAGCCAAGAAGAAGGCAGAUAAGCAAUCAAAACCUGAAGAAACACCACAACCAGAUGAUACCCCCCAAGUCGAACCCACUGAGGACGAGUCCGAACCGACCCAGGACGCGUCCGAUGCAAAUGGUACAACAGCACCUGAAGUCAAGAAGGAUGUCGAUUCAUCAGACAAGAUACCCGCCGAUGGGCCUGUCGAAACUGAUGAAUAUGACUUCGACGAAGAAGAUCCUACUUUCUCCAUGUAUAAAGAUAUAUUCACCAAGUUUGGCGUCUCAAGAGAAGAAGAUGACAUCGCAAAAGAGGCCAAUGCUGGUAACCAGGGCGAGGUGUUCUUCGAUGACGAUAACGAGAUACCCGACGAAGAAGAGGAGGGAAAUGCACAACCCAAAUUGUCCAAAAAGAAGCGAAAGAUGUUGAACAAGCUCUCCAUCGCCGAGCUAAAGGCCUUAGUAAGGAAACCUGAGGUCGUGGAGUGGCACGAUACAUCGUCAUCAGAUCCUCGAAUGCUGGUUCAGAUCAAAGCGCAGCGGAAUGUAGUCCCGGUUCCUUCACAUUGGUCCCUGAAACGCGAAUACCUCUCCUCCAAGAGGGGUAUCGAAAAGCCGGCUUUCAAACUACCCAAAUUUAUCGCAGACACCGGUAUUUCUGAGAUGAGAGAUGCUGUGUUGGAGAAGCAAGCGGAGCAAACCCUGAAGCAAAAGCAGCGUGAAAGGGUACAACCCAAGAUAGGAAAACUAGACAUCGAUUACCAAAAGCUCUAUGAUGCCUUCUUUAGAUUCCAAAGCAAGCCGCAGCUAACGCGCUUCGGGGAAGUCUACUUUGAGGGUAAAGAGUUUGAAACCGAUCUGCGGCAUCUUCGACCUGGAGAACUAAGCGACCCUCUUAAAGAGGCAUUGAGCAUUCCUCCAGGUGCCCCCCCACCGUGGCUAAUUAACCAGCAGAGGUUCGGUCCUCCACCUUCCUAUCCCUCUCUCCGUAUCCCCGGACUCAACGCCCCGAUUCCACCAGGAGCGCAGUGGGGUUUCAAUCCAGGAUGCUAUGGCAAGCCUCCUGUGGAUGAAUACAAUAGGCCUCUGUAUGGAGGUGACAUUUUUGGUAUCAUGCAACCCUCUCAGCAAGCGCCUCCGCCUGGCGAGCCCAUUGAGCGUACCUUAUGGGGUGAGCUACAGGAGCCCGAAGAAGAAUCUGAGGAAGAGGAGGACGAGGACGAGGAUGAAGAAGAGGAGGACGACGAGGAAGACGUAGGUGCUGGCUUGCAGACUCCUUCUGGUAUGGAAACACCUGGAGGCUUAGCGAGUAGCGUCCCGACAGAAUACGGCGGCACAACUACCGAAUCUGUUGCUGGAGAGCUCGAUCUGCGGAAAUCCCGUCGCGGUUACGAAACUGAAGAUAGCGCACAUCCCCGCGCCGCUUACACGGUUAUCCAAGAAAAGCAAGCCCGAGCAGAGGGCUUCUUCGGUAGCGAUCGGAUAUAUGAUCUCAAGAAUGCUGGUGGGGACAUGCGUGUUCUUGGCCAGGACGAGGAUAGCAGUCGGAAGCGUAAGAAGCCUGGUGACGUGGAAGUUUCUUUCGAUCCGGAUGCAUUGGUAGAUGGUAUCAGCAAGGAGGAGAUGAAGAAGAGAUUUGAGGAAGGACGACGGGACGAGGGCAUUGGCGCUAAUUGGAGAAGAGAAGAAGGCCUUGACGAGAUGAUUGCCAAUGAAAGUCGCAAGAGGCUGAAGCGGGACGAGGAGAAGAGGGACGAAAAGAAGAAGUAUAGGUUCUAAUACGACAAGUUCCGGGAGGACUGGCAUUUGCUUUGCGGGUGUUGAUUAAUGUACAAUAAUGGGAACUGCCAGCCUUUUUGGGUUUCUGGACAGACAGCCACAACAACAGCAGUGACCUCUUCAAAAGCAGGAAGACCAAAAAGGCAAAAUACAUCCAACACAUUUUCUAAGGCUAUCAAGUAAAGGUUGAUUUAUUUCGUUGUUUGAAAUUGAUUUCUCACUAGUUUCGAGCUACUUAGCAUCACCAUGGGCAAGUAAACUACCUCAUCCCAUC